AUGUUUCUUCACGUUGCCGCACUGACCGCCGUGCUCGCCCUGGUUUACUAUGCUGUCAAUCGAUUCGGCGAAUAUCAGAAGCUCCGCCACAUUCCGGGACCAUUCUGGGCACGCAUCACGCAUCUCUGGGUCAUUCGGCUGGUUUUGCGAGGCCAGUACAUCGACAUGAUGUUGGACUUGCACGGGAAGUACGGCCCAGUGGUGGUAAUGGCGCCCGACUACGUGCUACUCAGCGACCCUGCCGAGAUCAAGAAGAUUGGCAACGUCCGCUCCCCAUGGGGCCGGGCGCCAGGGUACCAGUCAUUUCGCUUCAGCCCUGGUCCUGCCGGCGACUCGAUCUUGAGCAUGCGUGACGACAAAGCGCACGCACGGAUGCGGGCAAAGCUCUCGUCGGGCUAUGCCGGCAAGACGGUCGACGGCGUCGAGCAGAUGGUUGACAGACACGUCAUGCAGCUCGUGGAUAUCAUCGACACGAAGUACAUUACGACCCCCGGGACCACGUACCGUCCCCUCGACUUCUCUCGCUUGGCGCAAUACCUGACCAUCGACGUCAUCACCUCCUUUGCCUUCCAGGAGACUUUCGGCUGUCUGGAACGUGAGGAUGACUUCCACGGAUAUCUCGAUGCGGUCAGCGGCGCAGUAGCGCCCCUACUGUCGUUCGCAUUCCUUCCCCUUUACCCCAAGCUGAUGGACAUGUCCGCCUUGGGUUCGAUCUUCCCAGAGGGUGGUUUCUUCCCCAAGGUGUUUGAGAUGGCCCGGCGCGAAGUAGGCAAGCGGUACGGCGAGCAGGCGCACGAGCUCAAGGAGAGGAACGACGUCCUGGGCACCUGGGUAGCUGCCGGACUCGGACAGAAAGAGCUGGAGAACGAGACGGUGGCGCAGCUGACCGCCGGCGGCGAGACGACAGGCACGGGUAUCCGCGCCAUGAUGCUCUACCUUAUGACCUCGCCGCACUCGUACCGAAGCCUUCAACGAGAGAUUGACGAGGCAUUAAAGUCUGGGGCUGUUCUGAGGAGCCCAAUUUCGGACAGCGACGCAGCCAAACUCACGUAUCUCGAGGCCGUAUUGAAGGAAAGUCUGCGGCUGGUAGCGCCCGCUGCUUUCUUCCCUAAGAGCAGUGUCACAGACGAGAUUCUCUGCGGGUUCAAGAUCCCGGCGGGGGUCAGCGUUGAGCCAGCCUACAAGCCUGCUCUGCGCUCCAAGGAAAUCUUCGGCGAAGAUGCCAGCUACUUCAGGCCUGAGCGGUGGAUCGAGACCAACGAGGACCGGGCAAGGUUGAUGGACGAGACCUUCCGUUUCGUAUUUGGUGGCCCCAGCCGAUGGGAAUGCCUUGGAAAGGGGUUGGCAUUCAUGCAGAUGCGCAAGGUGAUUUUUGAAUUAUAUCGACAAUUCGAUUUCACCCUUGUCAAUCCGACUCGGCCUUGGAAGGCCGCCGGAACCCGGAUUUGGGUUAUCGAGGAUCUUUGGGUGCAGGUCACAAGAAGAGAUCAGACAGGGGGGCCGGGCAUGGAGAUCAAGACGUGA